AGUUAGUUUUCUCAUUAUUUAACAUUCAUUUUAACACCGUUGUGAGUCUCUCUUUGUUUCUCUCUUUCCGUUGUUCUCUUCUCCUCAGAUCCAUACAACAACCGUUUCUCUCUUUCUCACAGAUUUCCUCUAAAAUUCUAUUUCACCAAUUGAGCUGGUUCUUGUUUCAAAGUUUAAGCUUUUUGAGUUUUUGGUGGUGGGUUUUGAGAGAGAGUGAAGAAUUUGAAGUGGGGGUGUUGAUGGUUGUUGAAAAGAAGAUAACUUUGAAGCAGAGAGUGAGAAGGAAAUAGAUUUGGUGGAGGUUGUUGAGCAAAUGCAGUUGUUUUUUUUAUAAUUAUUAUCUUAAAGGAGAAAUAAAAAUAAAGCCUUUGUUUUUGUUUAAAACAAUAGAUAAAAAGAGAACAAGUUCUUUUCUUGUUUGUGUUUAUUGUUUUGUGGUGGGUUUUGAAAAUCUAGAAGACUCAACAGGAUCAUCCAAAGAAGGACUUAAAAGAGAUGGAAUUUUUCACUGAGUACGGGGAUGCCAAUAGAUACAAGAUUCUAGAAGUUAUUGGAAAGGGAAGCUAUGGAGUUGUUUGUGCUGCAAUUGACACUCAUACUGGAGAAAAAGUGGCAAUAAAGAAAAUCAAUAAUGUUUUUGAGCAUAUUUCUGAUGCUAUUCGAAUCUUGAGAGAAGUAAAGUUACUUAGGCUUUUACGGCAUCCUGAUAUCGUUGAGAUUAAGAGAAUCAUGCUGCCACCCUCAAAGAGAGAAUUUAAAGACAUAUUUGUUGUUUUUGAGCUUAUGGAAUCUGAUCUUCACCAAGUCAUCAAAGCUAAUGAUGACUUGACAAGGGAACACCAUCAGUUCUUUCUUUAUCAGAUGUUACGAGCACUGAAAUAUAUGCAUACAGCAAAUAUGUACCACAGAGAUCUUAAACCAAAGAAUAUUUUGGCAAAUGCAAAUUGCAAACUUAAAGUAUGUGACUUUGGGCUGGCAAGAGUAGCAUUUAGUGAUACACCAACCACUGUUUUCUGGACGGAUUAUGUUGCUACGAGAUGGUAUAGAGCUCCAGAGCUGUGUGGAUCUUUCUUUUCAAAGUAUACACGAGCAAUUGAUAUUUGGAGCAUCGGCUGCAUCUUUGCUGAGGUAUUGACAGGGAAGCCACUGUUUCCGGGUAAAAGCGUUGUUCAUCAAUUAGAUUUGAUCACUGAUCUUCUUGGGACACCUUCAUUAGAAACCAUUUCUAGAGUACGAAAUGACAAGGCAAGAAAAUACUUGACAGAAAUGAGGAAAAAACAGCCUGUGCCAUUUGCACAGAAAUUUCCAAAUGCAGAUCCUUUGGCACACAGGUUACUGCAAAGGCUACUAGCAUUUGAUCCAAAAGAUCGACCAACUGCUGAAGAGGCAUUAGCUGACCCUUACUUUAAGGGCCUAGCCAAAGUUGAGAGAGAACCUUCCUCUCAGCCAAUCAUGAAGUUGGAGUUUGAGUUUGAAAGGCGAAGGGUAACAAAGGAAGAUGUUCGGGAACUGCUAUACCGUGAAAUACUGGAAUACCAUCCACAGCUACUCAAAGACUACAUGAACGGAAAUGAAAGCACUAAUUUUCUCUAUCCUAGUGCCAUAGGUCAUUUUAGAAAGCAGUUUGCAUACCUCGAGGAAAACAGUGGUAGAAGUGCACCAGUGAUACCUCUAGAGAGGAAGCAUGUCUCCCUUCCACGGUCUACUGUUCACUCGAACACAAUCCCUCGUAAUAUGCAAUCAAAUUCAACCUCAUUUGACAACAGGCAAGUUACAGAAGAUGAUUCUAAAAAUUUAAGAGUACAGGAUACGAGUUUUGAAAAUCCAGCAAAGGUUGCAAGGCCCCCACCUCGAAUGCCAUCAGCAAAGCCAGGGAGAGUUGUGGGAUCAGUUGUACCGUAUGAGAAUGGCAGAAAUGUCAAAGAUCUCUAUGGUACAAGGAUGUUUUGUAGAAAUGCUGUUCUUCCUCCCCAAACCAGCUCUCCACACUGCUUCUUGAGGACUAACACAUUGAUCCAAGAGAAGUCUAUUUCGGAGACUGGAAAAGAUUCACAAACCAAACAGCAACCUCCUAAAUGUAACGUGGCGGCCAAGCCAUCCUCUGGGAUGGCCAUGGACGUGAACACCAACCCAUAUUACCAACCACAAUCUAGGGUGGAGCAGUUAAAUGAAAGAAUUGCCAUUGAUGCAAAACUGCUCCAGGCACAAUCCCAGUUUGGUCCAGUUGGUCCUGCUGCUGUAGCUGCUCAGAGGAAUGUGGGCACUGUUCAUUAUGGAUUAACAUAGUCAGUCUUAUUUGAGAUAAAUCCUUUACACCCUCGCGAUAAGACAAGUAUCAAGAUUAUGCAAUGGAUUUAGGUCUAGAUUCGAGGUGGGGUAGCUGGUCUUUCUAGAAUGAUAGGUUUCAGGGGUUUAGUCAACUUCCUGUAUAUUCAUGCUGUGUAAUUAGAUAUCUAAUGUAAUUCAAUUCGUUGAUCAGAAUAAAAUUCCACUCAGCAUUUCAUGGAA